GCGGUGCGUACUUCCGGCUGCCGGGUUGACAUGAAGAGGCAACGGUGGUGGUUGAGGAGGCGGUAGCGGCGGCCGGUUCCCGGGGGUUGAGGGCUAAGGAGGGACUGAGGUGGCGGUGAGGGCGGCACCAGACUUGGGGAAGGCGGUGGAGGGCGGCGACAGCGGCGGCGGAGGAGCCAGACCGGCGGGAAAGAAGGGAGAAGCCACACCCGCCGUCCUGGAGGUCUUAGAGAUGGAGAAGGAGUUCAACCAGAUCGACAAGGCCGGCAGCUGGGCGGCCAUUUACCAGGAUAUUAGACAUGAAGCCAGUGACUUUCCCUGUAAAGUGGCCAAACUUCCUAAAAACAAAAAUCGAAACAGGUACAGAGAUGUCAGUCCCUUUGACCAUAGUCGAAUUAAACUACACCAUGAAGAUAAUGAUUAUAUAAAUGCUAGUUUGAUAAAAAUGGAAGAGGCCCAAAGAAGCUAUAUUCUCACUCAGGGCCCUCUGCCUAACACAUGUGGUCACUUUUGGGAGAUGGUUUGGGAACAGAAAAGCCGGGGAGUUGUCAUGCUUAACAGAGUGAUGGAAAAGGGAUCAUUAAAAUGUGCACAAUAUUGGCCACAAAAAGAAGAAAAGGAAAUGAUCUUCGAAGACACAAAUUUGAAAUUAACAUUGAUUUCUGAAGAUAUAAAAUCAUAUUAUACAGUACGCCAGUUAGAAUUGGAAAACCUUACAACACAAGAAACUAGAGAAAUCCUACAUUUUCAUUAUACCACAUGGCCCGAUUUUGGAGUCCCUGAAUCUCCUGCUUCCUUCCUAAACUUUCUGUUUAAAGUUCGAGAAUCAGGGUCCUUAAGCCCUGAAUAUGGACCUAUUGUUGUACACUGCAGCGCUGGGAUUGGAAGAUCAGGAACAUUUUGCCUGGCUGAUACAUGUCUCUUGCUGAUGGACAAGAGGAAAGAUCCUUCUUCUGUAGACAUUAAGCAGGUGCUUCUGGAAAUGCGGAAAUACAGAAUGGGGCUGAUCCAGACAGCAGACCAACUGCGAUUCUCUUAUCUGGCUGUUAUUGAAGGAGCCAAAUAUAUUAUGGGAGACUCUUCUGUUCAGGAACAAUGGAAAGAACUCUCCAAUGAGGAUUUGGAUCCACCUCCCGAGCAUACUCCCCCACCCCCCAGACCACCAAAACGGAUAUUGGAACCACACAACGGAAAGUGCAAAGAAUUCUUCCCCAACCACCAGUGGAGAAUGAAUGAGAUGGAAGCUAAAGAACAAGAUGGCCCUGUUAUAGAAGAAAGCAUAAAUUCCUUAACUGUGCCACUGAUCACAGAAAGUAAAGACACUGGAGUUAGAAGAAGAACUGUUAGUGAACAUCAGAAUGCCACAUCUACCAAAGAAGAGCCAUCCCCAGAAGAUGAUGAAGACAGUGUGGCGACCACCUGGAAGCCCUUUCUAGUCAAUAUCUGUAUGUUCACUGUCCUCACAGCUGGAGCUUACCUCUGUUACAGGGUAUGUUUUCAUUGAUGGACCUGCCAGCAAGAUGAGAGUGUACAGAAAAAACCAUCAGUUGGAGUUCUCUGAAAUUAACUGAGUCAUGUCUCAGAAGAAACAAAUCUAAGGUUAAAAGUCUGGAACUUUGGUAGGGCUAAAAGAGAAAAUUAAUUGAUGCACUAGGGUUUAAAUAAGCCCUGUGGUCCCAAGAAUAAAAUAGUUGAAUCUCAGGGCCUUAAAAUUUUCAGGACUAAGCAGAGAAUAUGCCAAAUAAGUCUCUCCUAUUUUUGUUUCUUUGUUCAUUUUGUUUUUGAAAAGAAUGAUAGAAUUACAACACAUUGUUGUUUUUAACCUUUUUGAAAGCCAGUUCUUUGUUUUUGUUCUAUUUCUGAAAAAGACUCAGCAAAAGUAAAACUUGCUUGUACUCUCCAAGUGUUGUAACCAAAUCUGCAAUUUCUAUUUGAUUUCCCAGAAGAACCCUAAUCUUUUUAGGAAUGUCAUUUGGUAAGGACAGGGAGGAUGGGAGGAACCAUGUUAUACUCAGCUACACUUCAUCUAGUGUUCAGACUGAGUGGUAGGCAGUGCCUACACUGGUCAUCUGUUGAAUCAUUGCAUUUAUUCCCUUUUUACAUGGUUUUUACGAAAAAUGAAGAAGAAAAAAAAAAAGCCACAAACCCAGGUUCUGCAUUUGCUCAGGGUAUUCUUCACCCCUUUUCCCCCACCCCCAAUUAGAAGUAGUUCAUUUCUCAAUUGGUACUGUUAAAGUCAACCCGCACAUGCACCUGCCUGUGUUAUACCCUCCCCUGCACGCUUGUUUACCUUUUUUCCCUUGCAGGGGUUCAGGGAGUGCAACUCAGACAUGGCCACCAGCAUUUUAAACCCCCCCGUUCAUAUUUAGGAAGACUCGGCCUAUAAGUUGCAGUUUUCUUAUCAGUACGCUUUGGGAGGUUGCUGCUGUUAAAAUGAGGAGCAGAAACGCUCUCGGAUUCCCAUCCAACACCACAGACCGUCAGAAAACAGUUGAAGGAACGCAGAGCCCUAUUCUGCAGCAGCCACCUGGAAAGUUUUCAGAGGUCGUCAGUGCCUGAGCGAGACACAAGCAGUUUGGCUCUGGCUUUGGGUUGCUCAUCUUGGCUUUAGAAAACAGAUUUCAGUGAGGGCUUUCUUUGGGCUCAGCUCUUUACUGUGAAUGAUGUCAGGGGGAUCCGCGGCUUAGUGUAUAAGUCUUGCAUCUCCGCAGACACCUGGGUUCUGGGCUUGGUCCAUUCGAUGUUUGGUUUCAUUCCACUUCCUGUCCUGCAGCAGCUCUGCCCAGAUGGCAGUCUCUGCUUGUAGAACCAGCAGCAGAAUGGCAGGAAUUAAGGGUUAGUAGAGGCAUGAGGUAGCAGUUUGCUCUCACUCAUGCUCUUGGUCUUGUUGUUGUUGUUGUUGUUGUUGUUGUUCUGCCCUGGCCCUAGCCACCCCUCUCCCUUCCCCCUCCAGCCCCCCACCAUGUACAGAGUCCAGUUUCUCAAGGAGAGUGAAAGAAAGUUCUAUGUGGUGGUGCAGAUAAGGGGAAGGGGCAAAGUAGAGUACUAAUAGUUGCAGUAGCCAGUCCAAGACAGUAGAUCUUGAUCUGCAAUGGUGCCACUAAUUGGUGCUUUUUAAUGCAUCCUAGUCAUACAAGCACUUAAACACCAUUUUCAACCAACCUUUUAUGGAGUAUAUUGUGUAAUGAAUCUUUUCACUCCAUAUUUAUUUUUCCCCCAAAGGUAUCCAUAGCUCUAGCAUUUUCUUAAACUAAUAAUGUGUUUAAAAAAAAUUUUUUUUAAUGUCAGCCUUGCAUCAAGGGCUUAUCGGAAGUACAAUAAUAAAUCUUCAGGUAGUGCUGGGAAUUUAAGACAUACCUGAUAGGCUGUGGAAUCCAUCCAGUACUUGAAAGGAGGAAGAUUGUAAGCAAGUCAUUAUCAAGUAAUAUUGUGGUUUUCAUUAAAAGAGAUAUUGGGAUAUGUUUAUAGAACAAUGGUAUCAUAAUAUAUAAUGAACAUUUGUGUAUUUAAGAGACAGUAUGUGAUUACUUUGUCCCGGUUAUUUUCCCUAUCAUCUGGUAGAGUGUUGUUCUCAAGCAACAUUUUCCCCAUUUGUAUUAGAAUGCAUGUAAGAUCGUCUUGUGUCCUGAUUAAAUACCAUGUGCUUGAAAGGUGAAAGAGCUUAUAUUUCUGCUUACUGAUGUGCCCACACAUACAGUCAAAUUUAUAUUUGCAUGAUCUGAUCGUUAAGUGGCUGUGGUUCACAAGGCUGUUGCUGAAAGUAUCUUCAUUCAGCAAUAGAGUGAUAGAUAUUUAUCCAAUAACAGAUACUUGCCUAAUUAUUAGGCGUGACUUUCUAUUCAGUUUUACUCAGUAACCCAGUUUAUCAUAAUUUCCAUCAACUGAGUAGCAACUAUACUACAGACAUUCCAAGUGUAUGAUAAGCCGUAAUCACACCUCACCCACUAGUCAUCUCAGGCAGUCUCCCUGCUGACCUUUGAUGGUACCAUUUACUGUUCCAAAUUGAAAAACCUAUCCUGGAGCAAACCAUUAUUUGGAAUAAAGGCUACGUAAAGAAUAAAAUAGUUGAUUCUUGCUGUGGAGCACUCCGGCAAAUCAAAUCACUUAAUAUAGGUGGCCUGUAUACCAUUAACUGCAGUAUCUUUCCUGUUUGGAAGUAUUAAUUCUAGUCUUGGUGGGAACUCCUGACCCCACCCCCAAACACACAUACACACAAAAAGAAAACCCUGUCAACCUUCCACAGUGAUUCAAUUAUGCUUAUAGCUCCUCCUAUGAAGGAAAUCCUAAGGUCUUCAUGUUAUGACUUUAAUUUUUUUUAAUGGGGGCCAGGGGGAGAGGGUAGGGGAGGUGGCUGCAUCUAUUCUGCUGGUCUUUGCCAGCAAUUUCACAUUUUGCCUUUGACUUGUUGGACACCAUUGAGGAUUUCUGCUGUAAUGAGAACAGAGGACAUUAGCCCUACAGAGCAUUAGUGAGGUGUGUCUAAGGCUUAUAAUGCCAAACUGUAAGCAUCUUUUUCUCAAGUCCUGUACAUGUAUGUAGUAGUUUGGGUGUAUAUACAGCAAGUAGAAUUUCAAAAUGGGUGUAUUGGUUAACCGCCUAUUCUUGGAAAAUGGAUGGCUAUCCAUCUUGUUAAAUGUCUGUUAGAAAGUUAGUGAGCUGCUAAUGCUAUAUGCCUUAAGCAAAUAUUUACUCAUCAGGUCUUUCUUUUUUUACCAAUGGCCAUAGAAUAAAACUGUUUUUACAAAAAUAAAAAUCAACAAAAAAGCAAAAUGUUUUUGGUAUAAUACAUUUUAAUGUAUCUCUCUGCCUCUGUGUGCAUGCGUGUGUGUUGGGGGGAGGGAGACCGGGAGUGGUGAGUGUGUGCAAGAUUCUACAAUGACCUCACAGGUUUAAGUAAAAUUGUACAGUUUUACAACUUCCCAUGCAAAUAAAAGAUGGGUUCUCAUUUUAGUUGCAACAAUAAAACUUUUUUUUUAAAAGAA